AGUAGCUCGCAACAUAACCCUCACUCACUCCCUCAACCAUUUCAUUUCAGCUCUUAGCUUCUUCUUCACAGUAGGGUUGCGUUUCGUUUUCUUAUCGCACUUCACAACAAACAAAACGCGACCUCUCUCUCUCUCUCUCUCUCUCUCCUUCGACCCUAUCUAUCAGUAUCACUCAUUCUCCUCUCUGUUUCAUAAACCCUAAUUCUCUCUCUCUCUCUUCCUCAUUCUCUCUCUCUCUCACACACACACACACACACACUUUCUCUCUCUGCAGCAGUAACAAUGGGUGCUUCGCUGCCCCCGAAGGAGGCCAACCUCUUCAAGCUCAUUGUUAAAUCGUAUGAAACCAAACAAUACAAAAAGGGCCUCAAAGCAGCAGAUGCCAUCUUGAAAAAAUUCCCAGAUCAUGGAGAAACUUUAUCGAUGAAGGGUUUGACAUUAAAUUGCAUGGAUCGUAAGUCAGAAGCAUAUGAACUUGUCCGUCAAGGAUUAAAGAAUGACCUUAAAAGUCAUGUUUGCUGGCAUGUCUUUGGUCUCCUUUAUCGAUCAGACAGAGAAUACAGGGAGGCGAUCAAGUGCUACCGAAAUGCACUGAAAAUUGAUCCUGACAAUAUUGAAAUCCUACGUGACCUCUCUCUCUUACAGGCUCAAAUGCGGGAUUUAAGUGGCUUUGUUGAGACAAGACAGCAACUUUUAACUCUGAAACCAAAUCAUCGCAUGAACUGGAUUGGUUUUUCUGUUGCCCAUCAUUUGAACUCUAAUGCAUCCAAGGCAGUUGAAAUUUUGGAAGCAUAUGAAGGGACUUUAGAAGAUGAUUAUCCUCCAGAAAAUGAACGGUGUGAGCAUGGGGAAAUGCUUUUAUAUAAGAUUUCUUUAUUAGAGGAAUGCGGAUUGCUUGAGAGCGCUUUGGAGGAGUUGCGCAAAAAGGAAUCAAAAAUUGUUGAUAAGCUUGAAUAUAAAGAACAAGAGGUUUCACUUCUAGUGAAGCUUGGUCGUUUAGAAGAAGGCGAAGUCUUGUACCAGGCAUUACUUUCCAUGAAUCCUGAUAACUAUAGGUACUAUGAAGGUCUCCAAAAAUGUGUUGGGUUGUAUUCAGUGAAUGGCCAGUACUCACCGGAUGAAAUAGAUCGAUUGGAUUCCUUGUACAAAUCACUUGGCCAGCAGUAUAAAUGGUCUUCUGCUGUUAAGAGAAUACCCCUAGAUUUUUUGCAAGGUGACAAAUUUAGAGCAGCAGCAGAUAAUUAUAUUAGGCCUCUACUAACUAAGGGAGUUCCAUCUCUUUUCUCUGAUCUUUCGUCUUUGUAUAAUCACCCUGGGAAGGCAGACAUUUUGGAACAACUUAUUCUCGAGUUAGAGCAUUCAAUUAGGACGUCCGGCCAAUAUCCCGGGAGGGUGGAAAAAGAACCCCCUUCAACUCUUAUGUGGACUUUGUUUUUAUUGGCUCAGCAUUAUGACAGACGAGGCCAAUAUGAAGUUGCUCUUUCCAAAAUUGAUGAGGCCAUAGAACACACACCUACUGUUAUUGAUCUAUAUUCCGUAAAGAGUCGGAUACUGAAGCAUGCUGGUGAUUUUGCUGCUGCUGCUGCAUUUGCAGAUGAAGCCAGGUGUAUGGAUCUUGCCGAUCGUUAUGUUAAUAGUGAAUGUGUUAAGCGCAUGCUGCAGGCUGAUCAGGUGGCUUUGGCUGAAAAAACUGCUGUACUGUUUACAAAAGAUGGUGAUCAACACAACAACCUUCAUGACAUGCAAUGCAUGUGGUAUGAGCUAGCCUCUGGUGAAAGCUAUUUCCGUCAGGGUGAUCUUGGACGGGCACUGAAGAAGUUUUUAGCAGUUGAAAAACAUUAUGCAGAUAUUACUGAAGAUCAAUUUGAUUUUCACUCAUACUGCUUGAGGAAAAUGACUUUGCGUACUUAUGUGGAAAUGCUUAAAUUUCAAGACCGGUUGCACUCACAUGUUUAUUUUGAGAAAGCAGCAGCUGGAGCUAUAAGAUGCUAUAUUAAGUUGCAUGAUUCUCCCCCGAAGUCUACAACUGAGGAAGACGACGAAAUGUCAAAAUUGCUUCCUUCUCAAAAGAAGAAAAUGAGACAAAAACAGAGAAAGGCAGAAGCAAGAGCUAAGAAAGAGGCAGAAGAAAAGAAUGAAGAGUUGAAUGCCGGAGGGGCUUCAAAGUCUGGGAAACGACAUGUAAAACCUGUUGAUCCUGAUCCACAUGGGGAGAAGUUGUUGCAGGUGGAAGAUCCACUGUCAGAAGCCACGAAGUACUUGAAGUUGCUGCAGAAGAAUUCACCUGAUUCAUUGGAAACACACUUGCUUGCUUUUGAAUGUUAUACAAGACGAAAUAAGAUUUUGCUUGCACUACAGGCUGUGAAGCGAUUGCUGAGGUUGGAUGCCGAACAUCCCGAUUCUCAUCGUUGCUUGAUUAAAUUAUUCCAUAAAGUGGGGUCCAUGAAUGCACCUGUGACUGACGGCGAGAAACUGAUUUGGAGUGUCUUAGAAGCUGAGCGCUCAACCAUCAGCCAGCUGCAUGAGAAAUCUCUGGUUGAGGCUAACAACGCUUUCCUUGAAAAUCAUAAAGAUUCUCUCAUGCACAGAGCGGCUUUUGCAGAAAUCUUGAGCAUUUUGGAUUUGAACAGAAAGUCUGAGGCUGUCAAGUUGGUUGAAGAGUCCACAAACAAUUUUGUGCCAAGUAAUGGAGCACUUGGACCAAUCAGGGAAUGGACACUUAAAGACUGUAUUGCUGUUCACAAACUUCUUGGGACAAUACUACAUGAUCAGGAUGCUGCAUUGAGAUGGAAAUCACGAUGUGCUGAGUACUUCCCUUAUUCUACACACUUCGAAGGCAGCUGCAGUUCAGUCUCUCCAAACUCGGUCUACAGUCAGUUAAGCAAAAACUCUGAGCAUGAAAGUUCGAACCAUUCGACGGGUAGUCAGAAUGCGGGCCCUAUCAAAUCAAAUGGGAAACUGGAUGCAUUCAAAGAUCUCACUAUCUGACAAAGUAGAGGACAUCCAUGAGGCUAAGUUUAUUGAAGGUACCUAGUUUGGAUGCUUGAUUAACCAAACUGCAUUUGACAUUCCAAAAACGGCCCUCCUUUUGCGGUUUGCUGGGGACAAGGGCCACAGUUUUGGUGCGGGUUUAUUGCAAAUCUUCACACACGUCACUCCCAUGUAUUUUUCUUUGCAAGUUCUCCCUCUCCCAACUGUGAAAAUGUAUUCAGAUUGCAAAUGUGUAUAAUCUUACCAAAAGAAGUGUUUUAGGAUUGAAUAUUUUUUUUGUUCACCCCUUAUUUCCGGAGAGGUGGUAAGCGGAGCCGCUGGAUUUCCACCGCAUCCUGGUUGUCAUUUUGGUUAUUGGGAGAGCGCUACAGAGUUUUAGGUUCUGGUCCUGCAUCCAGUCAACAUAAAAAAAGUAUACGGUCGGAGAGCAUGUUGUACCUUUCCUAUUUUAUUUGCUUAUAUUUUCAUGUAUAAGCAGUGAAUUAUGUUAUAAUUUUUGCCACUGCAAGCUGAAACGGCAGCUUUGAUUUUGGAUGAAUUUAGCCAAGAUGAAUUGGGGUUUAGUACCGAUCUUGUUUUGAAGCA